AUGCUUAGCGAUAAGGAACAUAUCAAUAUUGUCGUCAUUGGACAUGUAGACAGUGGGAAGUCUACCACUACUGGGCAUCUUAUCUACAAAUGCGGUGGCAUUGAUAAGCGCACCAUAGAAAAGUAUGAGAAAGAAGCUGCUGAGAUGGGCAAGGGGUCUUUCAAGUAUGCUUGGGUGUUGGACAAGCUGAAGGCUGAGCGUGAACGUGGCAUUACAAUCGACAUUGCUUUGUGGAAGUUCGAGACUCCCCGAUACUCCGUUACAGUUAUUGAUGCCCCGGGGCAUCGUGACUUCAUCAAGAACAUGAUCACAGGUACUAGUCAGGCCGAUUGUGCUGUUCUGGUUGUUGCUGCUGGUGUUGGUGAAUUCGAAGCUGGUAUCUCAAAGAACGGUCAAACCAGAGAACACGCCCUGUUAGCUUACACUUUGGGUGUUAAACAGUUGAUCGUGGCAAUCAACAAGAUGGAUUCUACAGAGCCACCGUAUUCUGAAGCUCAUCACAUAAUGUCGAACCAAACUGUGCAAUUCCCCCGUUUGAAAAUUUCAAGUCUAGGUUUCAGGCCAGGCAGCCUUUUCCACUUCUUCAUAUGGAUGAUAAUCGACACACUGUUGAUGCUUCUAGUGACAGCGACCAUGGUUGUAAUGGUGAACACAGUUGCCGGACUUUCUGAAUGGGUUAAAAAAUACAGCUGGCUGACACUUCUCCUUAUACUAGUUGGAGCACUUCCAGUCCUGGUCCUCGCAUUGCUCAAACUACUCGGAUAUCACCGCGACAUUGAUCACUUUCUCAUAGUAUUCAGUUUCGUACUAUGUUCGAUGGGUUUUGCCACCAGAGGAAAAAGUCAAACAAAAGGCAUUGAAGAUUUCUGUUGGGAUUUGCUUCAUAGUCGCCAUGGUGCUAGCUAUUUUCUUGACAGUGAAUAG